UGUAGAGCAGUGGAAUCUUCCAAAUACGUCAUCGUUGCUCUCGAACCCAGUAAAAUGUGUGCUUUUUAGGGGUAAAGAGCUCACUAUUUCAAGUUAGACAUUCGAAAUAUAAUCUGUAUACACUAGUUUAGUCUAUGCAUGUAUGUUAGUUCAUGGAAAUAUUUGCGUAGACCUGACAUAAAGGUUAGACAGCCAAUUAUGUCAUUUUAGCUCUGGGAACGAGACCGGUAGGUAGUCCCAAAAUGGCGGAAUCUUUGAAAAACGAAGAACUGGAGAAGACCUUUCGCCGAUCAGUGCAUGUUGCCUGUUUUAUUAUGACCGUGCUAAGGGUUAUAACUGGAUAGUGUGGUCACUAGCAAACAUGGGAUCCAACAAGGACGAUAUUGACCUCACACCACUGCUGAAUAAGCUCGGCCAUGAUCUGGAGGAGAUCCGUGUGCGAGCGCUGCUUAACAUCCUGAGUAAGCUGGAGCACGGGCUGGUGUGUGAGGCAGACCUUGUGCAGCAGCGCCCCCUACAUGCCCGUCUGCUGGAGUGGUUCAACUUCAGGUCCUGCCCUCUGCAGGAGGAGGUGCUGAGGCUGCUGCACAGACUGGCACAGCAUGCCUCAGCAGUGGAAAUCCUGGUCUCGCUCGGCGCGGUUCCGUUCCUGUCCAACCUGCGGAAGGACGUUCCCGCGGAGCUUCAGCCAAUCACGGACCAGAUCCUGAACCAGCUGAUGAUGCUGCCCCGCCCCGGGCCAGAGGAACACACCAGGGAGUGCAUCUACCAGCACAGGGCUGUCAAAUUUACUUCACCACUUUUAACAGAAUCCACUAUACCACCCAUGCAAGAAGACACACAGCCCAAACAGUUGAUGACUGAAGCGUCAGGCUCCCUGAUGAGUCAGCAACACAGCAGCCUGACCAGCCAGACAGGUUCCCACGGUCCGCUGCCCUACAUGGAGCCCAGAGUCGGGUACUUCCGCAGAGACAGCGGCAGCACGGCCAGCCUCAUGGCAAACUACCAGCAGGAGCAGCAGGAUCAGGGGCCGCUGCCCUCACCAACAUGUCUGAAGUUCUCCACCUUCCCAUGGCUGUCUCUCACUCCUACGGACAGGCAUGUGUUAGCUGCUACCAACAGGUCCCUGAACAGUGGGAACCCCCAGCUUGUGACCAGCUCCUGUGAGUUCCUCAGUAACGUGGUGUUCUACGACUUCCCAGCAGAAACCUUCCUACAGAGACCGGCCAUAGUCAAGACACUGGUGUCCUUACUGAAGGUACCAGCUGAUGGAGGUCACGACCCUUCCCAGGGUGCAGUUAUGUGCCUGCGGAACCUGUGUGUCCAUCUGCAGGCCAGACUGGCCUUCUACCAGGACCCUGCACUCUACUGUCCAAAACAAGACGACCUGUCCCAGGCCAGUUCCACAGUGACCACAGAGAUGAGCAGUCCGACGCCCCAGUCUGACUCUGUGCUGUCUGGUCUGGAGGAGACGCCUGACAGGCCCCGGGGAGAUGGCAGGGACAGGAACACGCCCUCUUCCACAUCCUCCACGUCCCGCUCGAUCACGGCGAGCAGCGUGAGAUCCGGCGCGAGUGAUCCCAUGGAGGAUCUGGAUCCUGAGGACAUGCUGGCCCUGCAGUUCAGCCAGCUCAGCCUGCCACAGUUCUGCUCCAACCUGCUGGCCAAUGGGGUGGCCCUGCUGAAGUCGCAUGACCCUGCAGCUGUGACGCAGGUGCUGGAGCUGCUGCAGCAGGCUGCAGGGCUGAUGGGAGAGGCGCUGACACAGCAGGUGUGGGAGGACCAGAGCACCGUCGCAGCAGAACUGGUAGAAGAGUUGAUAGAAGCCCUGGACAACACUGGUGAGGUGUUACACUUCCACAACAUGCAGAGCAGAGGAGCCAGGACACCAGAGAACGAGGUUACCCACCACAGGAUGGUGUACAUGGCACUGGCUAUCCUCAGUACUCACCUACUGCAGGCUUUUGUGCCACUGGAGAAGGCUGCCGACAUCCUGCCAGAAAGCCUGUCCUCAGCGCUGGCCCUGCUGACCAUGGACCCAGUCUUCCAGCUGACCCACCCCGCCGCACACGAGGUCACGGUCGCGUACGUGGAACAGACCAGCGAAGACGACUACCGACUGUACGGCCACGCCCAGCACAUCUGUACAUCCAUGGACUGCAGCGUGCAGUUUGUCAAGGAGCAGGGAUUUGAAGGUGGCCGCUCCCUGCAGGACAUGGUAGAGCUGGCAGAGGGAGCUUUAAGCAGUCUGUCGUACCACCAACACUUGGCCCUGGUCUCACAGUUCGUCCGCCUUUGUUCAGACAUAUGUAAGCCGGUCCAUGCCAACCCCCAACUGGUCCAAGACUGCACCAGAGUCCUGCUGAAGUUUCUGUCCCAUCCAGAUGAGAAAGUGCGACACACGGUCUACCAGACAUGUCUCAACACUGCCAAGGAAGUCCUGGGGAUCAGUCGUGCUGCUGAGACAGCCUCGCUGUCCUGUCGCUCGGUGCUGUUCCUGCUCGACCCACACGUGCUGUACCAGCUCUGCUGCUUCGGACUCGCAGAAAACAAAACUAAGGUAUCUGAGAUGGCAGCAGAGCUGCUGUUGUACCUUCUUCAGGGCAGACUGAUCAUGACCACUGCUGUCUGGAACAAGCUCAUGGACGCCCUCUUACCUGUGCUGCCAGUACUGCAGGGCUAUGCCAGUGUGGAGACCAAACUUGGCCGGUGUGUAGUCGGACUGUUCCACCCGUCCUCAGAGGGGGAGGCAGGGUGUCUGCCCAAACUGGAGCGGUUAAGGGGAGGGCUGAGGCUGCUUCUGUCCAGAGAGGCUAGCACACGUGAGGAGGCAUCAGCCCUGGUGAGUCAGCACCUGGCCCUGGAGACCGGACGCUCACAGCUCCUACCUCAGGAGGCAGGACAGGCCAUCCUCAAGGCUCAGGACAUCCUUAUAGUCAGGCAGCAGAAACAGCCAAGUGGGGAGAACCAGGCCUCUAUAUUCCAGCCAGAGGAUGUACUGAAGCUGUGGGACCUGUACACGUCUCCUACUGUGGAGGGAGUAGUCAGGAGGUCUGCUGCACAGCAGUUCACUACUAUACUGGCUGACAAACUGAUGCACGAGACAUUCCGGAGACAGGGUGGGGUGGAUGUGACUGUGAACUACCUGAGACAGGCCAUUCAGGGGGAUAACCAGGAGCUGGAGAAGCGAGCCCUGGUGCCCCCGUGCCUGUGUAUCCUGAGACUGUUGGUACAGGAGGACCCUUCACUCAGACAUGCCCUCAGACAGGAGAUGUCUCUCUACCUCACUGUGCUCAGAUGUGCCCUACAGAGUUCGUAUGAUGACAGGACCUGUACAGAGGCUGCCAGGCUCCUCACACUACUGCUGUUUGAUGAAGUUGCCUCCAUUCAAACAUGGAGCCAAGACAGCGAACAGGCCUCAACAGAACAUUUCAGCCUGCCACUCAAUGUUGUGACAAGGUACAGCCUGCCAUUCCAUCCCCCGACCCACCACCACACCAGCCCCCACCACCCCGAGUGUGACGCGGACACAGGACAGCUGGCAGAGGGACCCCCAGCAGAGAUGCUGCGUCUGGCCUGGAACGUGCCGUGGGCGGGAGGCAUCGACCAGCUGGCAGCUGACGCCGGCGAGCAGGAUACAGUAGACGGAAUCCGACCUUCCCUUGUCCUCACCUCCCGGGACAAGCUGUUGCUGAGAGCAACUCACAUCAAGACGGCCCUGCAGUGCAACAUCCAGGAUAUAGAGGGAGCUCCUUCACACUACGUUGCUAAGCUGGCCCUGAUGAGACUCGCCCUGCUGCUGACCAGCGAUGCGAUGGGGAGCGGGGAUGGAGCUGCUGCUAGUGGCUCUGUAGCUGAAGUCCUGUUUGGUCUGGAUUGGAAGCCUGUCUUCAAAAGGUUUCUUGAGGUGAUGCCGGCCAACGGAGAAGAUGACUUGUUACUCUCCGAGGUGCUGAAAGUUUUGCUGUUGUUCUUCAAGACCAGGAAAAGCAUCCGAGACUCCGUCAGCCACUGGUUGUUGGACCUGGUGCUGAGUAGAGGCAGUCCCCUGCUGUGGUUACUGAGUCAGGGAGACAACAAGGAGCAGGAGACUAUGGCAGGGCCGAAGGUCCCGGUCCUGACGGCACAUCGGACACUGCAGAAACAACUCAUGGCCCUGCUGUCUGCGCUGUGUGGGCAUCUGGUGCACAGGGAACAGGGGACCCACCAGCCGAUGGUAGGGGACCUGGCACAAGGGUUCCUACAGAGGUUACACCUGGCCGACCCCUCUCACUUCUAUGACCUGGCCUCGCUGGAGAGCACACUGCACUGUCUGGUACAUGUUACUGCAAGACCAGACUGGAGCACUGGCAGCAGCACCAUUAACAGGGAAACUCUGUGUCAGGAGCUGUUGGAGACUCUCCGAGAGGUGGUCCUGUCCUUCCAUGUGGGGCGAGGCAGCACCACCAGAUCCUACAUGGGGAAGGGAGUCAUCAAAAACGCCUCCAUCAGUCUCAAACAUCUGGCACUGGAGAUGGCAAACACAAGUACUAACAAGGACUGGCCGUCGCUGUGGUUGAACACCAAGUCUGAGGAGAGUGCAGGUCUGGACUGGCUGGUUCCUCUCUGGGCUUACAGGGAUCCAGAGGUUCGUGCAGCUGGGCUGGGCAUCGCUGUGCUGUUGUCGGGGAGUGAGGAGGGUCGCAUCGCCCUGACGACAGGCUGUCAGCAGGUGACAGGCGGCAUCUGGGGCACCAGUAUAAGUGUUCUACUGGACCACACCGAGUGCAGCCUGGUCAGGCAACAGGCGGCGGCCGUGCUGGUGAACUUGACCUCCCAGCCGCUGCCCACCACCCCAGCCCAAGCUGACGAUAGUGCCUGGCAGGGUCCGAGCGUGACUGACGAGGACACGGGCUUCACCCUGGUGGGCCUUCCCGCACUGCUGGCCCUGUUUCACCACUGCCAGUUCUACACACACCUCAGCUUCAUGCUGGGGAACUACUACCCUCACAGCGUCAUCCAGCCAGUUAGUGUGGCCUUCAGGCAGGCUACAGAGUCUCAGAGCGAUACAGGAGGCACUACGUCAACUUCAGAUCACAGCACCCCUACAGGCGAUGUGGCCUCCUCCCACAGCAGUCUGACUUCAGGAGAACAGUACUUCACAUCCACAGCUACACUCACCACUCAGAUGUCGGCCACCCCAGUGCCUCAGCCAGCAGUAGUACAGGGUCCUGUGGGAGCCAGAGCUCCUUCUAGACAGUCUACAGACUCUACUGAAGGUUCUGCCUACAGUGAGCUAGUCGUGGACUACCCCAGCGUGGUGACCCCUGACCUUUUGGCCGCUCUGACACGCCUCGUUUCCAACAUGGUGGUCAUGGCUUCCCACGAUGCACUGCAGUCCAUCUCUCAGCACAACAUUUUCAAUAGCUUACUCAGAUUUCUAGAUGCUGACAUCCUCCGGAUUCAGUUAAAAGAGCAGAAAGAGUCAACAGCAGCAAAGUGCAGUACCAUAAAGCUCCUGUUGGGGGAGCUGCUGCACAUGCACUGUUCCAUCCUCGGGCUGAUGCAAACCUGUGUGCUGAACAAACCAGGCCUGGGGAAGACUUUCACACAGGGCAGGAACAACGUAAAAACUGUCCUGCAGCUUCUGCUUGUUGGGAGAACACUCGAUGAAGGAGACCCCCUGUCCCCGCCCUGCAGUGCCCUGUGGAGGAGUGUGUACAGUUUCCUCAGCUGUGUGGUACAGACUGAUGGCAGGGACGCUGCACAAGACAUCACCGUCUCAAUCGCUAACAACUGGGACACGUUCUUCGACUCAGUGCAGUCCUGUCUGGCUGUGUCUGCUCCUUCCGAGCUUCAGCUGUCCACGGUACAGCUCCUGGCCUUGCUGCUGUCACAGGAUGGACAGCUUCUGGGGAAACCUUCUACGGGCGCUGACACGGCGCCAUCGUUAAGUCUGCUGCUGGACAGAGCGAAGAUCAAAGAUACAGAAGAGGAGAGUGGGAGUGAGAAGACAGAUCCUGUGUCCUGUGGGUCGGGGCUGUGCCGCUGCCUGGUACAGCUGUACGACAGUCUGGACAGCAACAUGGACAGCAGGACAGCUGUGGGGAACAGCCUCGCUCUGCUGCUGGCUCACAGCAGGACAGCCAAGCACACAGCUCUAAAGUCUGGUUUUGUGGACAGCACCGUGGAGCACAUGAAGGACCUGCAUGCCCAGUUGAACCUGGACUCUCUCAACUCAGGCAAGCCGGCCGCACGUAGGAAGGAUGACCCGGCCGUCACAGAGCUGCUACUGUCACUGCACCUGCUCAGGAACUUCAUGCUCAAAUAUCCGGAUGGGAAGGCUGCUGCAGUAGAGGCAGGCCUGAGCCAGGUGGUUCACAAGCUGUGGUCCUGGGGCAUGGCUAACCACUCACUCAUGGUGUCCAUGCUGGGACUGCUGGCCACGUACACUGCACAGUGUCCUAAAGCCUGCGGUUCCCUGGCCUCCAGCAGCAGGGCAGCUGUGAAGACAUCUCAUGAGGCGUCGGCCGGGAGUUCAGUGGUGCACAGCCUGGUCAAGAUGGCCACCAGACAGACCACGCAGGGCGGCAGGGCACAUCUGAAGACUGUCUUCGCCGUCCUGGCAAACCUGGCACUGUCUAAUGUCUGCAGAGGCAUUCUGUGGAAGAGUAACUUCCUGCAGGGCUUUUCCGGUGUGGUGCCAGGGAAAGGGGGUAAGGACAAGAAGCAGAACAGCCUGGCAGCCAGGUGGUUGGCUGUUCUUGUUAAUGUGUCGUUCUCCCUGGAUGGUCAACAGAUGCUAAUCAAAAUACCAGAGAAAGUUGUGGAGACCCUGCUGAGGUGUAUGGAGACAGGCAGUCUGCACUGUAAAGCCGUGGCCUCCUCAGCUCUCUGGGCGCUCGUCACCAACUGUCAGAAGGGAAAAGUGGGACUGAAGAACGCUGCGGUUGUGCACAGGCUGGAGGAGUCAUGGCAGGCCAUACGCAGGGACCCACCAAGCAGCAGCAAGGACCAGCAGUUGGUGCAGCAGUGUCUGUACAACAUGAAGACUAUCGUGUCAGUGGUCCGGAGCUGACGGUUACCCUUGGUCAAAAGUUAAAAUCCUUUGCACACAUUUCAAUGUACAGAGCAGUGCCGAUCUCUGUUUCUAUAGCUUUUGAGUAGAGCUGUGUACCUAAACAAAUUUUAGGUAUAUACAGGUACACAGGUUUAGGUACAGGUCUGGACCUUGAAAUUUUGUACCGAAACAAUUUGACAAAUUAAGACACAUGUAUGUUCUUUGAACUUCCUCAAUAAUGAUAGAAACAGAAAUAAAGAGACAGAAUCUUUAUUCAAAUGAAACAGGAUGGAAUGUUUGUUUUUUGUUGCAUUACUACUGUAACAAUACUCCAUCUUCCCUAAAAGAUCCGUUGCGUAUUAGUUAUCCUCCCUCUAGAUUUCAUUUUGGUCCCAUUUGUUUCACAUGAGGCCAUUAGAGUAGUGUUGAUUUAUAUCAAUACAGUACCAGGACAAAUUUUAGACCUGUACUUUUUUUAGACCUGCACUCAAUUUUCACAGUA